AUGAAGGCUGUUAUUAAGGCCACCGCUUUUGCUCUGUUUAUUACUGGGGUCCCAUCAUUAAGAACUGGAGCCGAAUUCCAAAUAGAUGCGGACACGGAUGUCGGAUUCGAGAGUUUUGUUAAAGAGUAAGCUCGUCCUGUCAAAAGUCCACAUUAGCAUCGACAGUAGCUAAUACUCUCCAGAUUCUACAUAUCUCUGGAAAAUACAAACUCAACAGCAGACUUCACCGAUCACUUCGUCAAGGACACCGGGGUAAUGGUCGUCAACGGCAAAGAAAGCAAGGGCUUCGCCGCGAUCCUCGCCGCCAAACAAAGCUUCACAAACAAAGGCAAGACCACCAACCACUUGCUGCGCUCUGCCAACACGCUCGGGAAGCAAGAAAAGAAUGAAACUUUCGUCGUCGAUUUCAUACUGCAGACUACCACGCAGCCUGGAAACGCAUGUACCGAGACAACUGGCCGGGGACAGUUCACUUUGACGACGGGCGCUACUUCGCAGAUUGAACUUUCGCCUCACACAAACUUUUUGGCGAGGUAUCAGGUCGAUAUUGCGGAUUCGAAGAAGACUUGUUCUGUGCAGGAGGAGGCACCACCACUGGAUCCUAGUGUGGCAAGUGGAGGAGUAGGGGUAAUAUCUUAAUGCUUCGGCAGGGUGAGGAAGGAGAAUAAGAAGAGGGUAGAAAUUUUGAGAGAGAGGAGGCUGGCCCUUGUGGAGAAG